UAGUACGCCAGAUGUUCUUCUCCAGGAUUGGCUGAUCGGUUGUUAACGGAAGAGAUUUACAGGAAAUAUGGCUACCCUGUCUGUUGGAGAGCCUCAAGAGAUGGAAGUGGAUCGAAAGGGCGAGUCUGAGGAGUCUGGAGACGAUGACACUAGAAGGAAGAGCCUUAAUGGAGAGGUGGACUCCAACCUGCCUUCUAGUACAGUCAAAGAGGAGUCUCCAGUUGAUAUGGAUACCAUAACUUUAGAUCCUGAAGAAGAGGAUGUUGAUCUUGUACACUGUCGGAUAGGCAAGAUUGAGGGAUUAGAGGUGCUGCAGAAGGCCAAGACACUCUCCCUACGUCAAAACCUAAUUAAAAAAAUUGAGAAUCUGGAAAGUUUAAUCUCACUUCGGGAGCUAGAUCUCUAUGAUAACCAGAUCCGCAAACUGGAAAACCUGCAGAACCUCACAGAGCUUGACCAGCUGGACCUGUCCUUCAACCUCUUGAGAAAGAUUGAGGGUCUGGAGAGUCAGACCCCCCUGAAGAAGCUCUUCCUACUACACAACAAGAUCAGUUCCAUAACCAACCUGGAACAUUUGACUGGCCUAGAGAUGCUGGAGCUGGGCUCCAAUCGCAUUCGGGUCAUAGAGAACUUGGACACAUUGGCAUCUUUACAAAGUUUGUUUCUCGGCACCAAUAAGGUUACCCAGCUUCAGCACUUGGAGGGUCUACAUAACCUUACAGUUCUCAGCAUCCAGAGUAACCGCAUCACUAAGAUUGAGGGGCUGCAGUGCCUGGUCAACCUAAAGGAGCUCUAUCUGAGUCACAAUGGUAUUGAGGUCAUGGAAGGUCUAGAAAAUAACAAAAAGCUGACUACUCUGGAUAUCGCAGCCAAUAGGAUAAAAAAAAUCGAAAACAUAAGCCAUUUAAUGGAGCUCCAGGAAUUCUGGAUGAACGACAAUCAGAUAGAAAACUGGUCAGAUCUGGACGAGUUGAAGAAUGCUAAAACUCUCGAGACGGUCUACCUUGAGAGGAAUCCGUUACAGAAGGACCCUCAGUACAGGCGAAAGAUUAUGCUGGCACUGCCCUCUGUACGCCAGAUUGAUGCCACCUUCAUCCGCUUCUAAACUGUCACACUAUGCACCCAUGCCAGUCCAACCUCAAAAUGUGUCACUGCUUACCUUUUCUGCCCUCAAAGAUGAACCUCUUGUUCAACUCCACUCUCCAUCACAGACACAAACAUGAACAUAUACAAGCCCAUAAUUAAACCAUCAAUUAUUAUGGAUCACCUGCUUAGCACGCAACUACGCAUGUAAACACAUAAUUGAGCUAUGUUAUUUUGUGAAAGUGUAUUCAUUUAUUGGCCUGAAUAUGGACUAGUAGUGUCAGAUGUUAAAAUAAGCACAUCUGUCAACCCACUUUGUCCAUAGCAUGUGGGAUGAGGUAGGGGAUGAAUGCCUCUGUAGCCUCUAACCCCCACACCCCUCUCCUGUGUUCUACACAGUAUAUGAUCCAAGAAGAUGUGAAUCUGUUUUUAUUUCUGAAUGGUUGAAACAACCCCCUGGCUUGAGAGGUGAAGAGUAUUUAACUACUGUACAUUUGUCAGACAUGAUGGGGUGAGUCUCACAAGGUACACACUGAGCAUUAAAUACGUAUUUUUUAUAAUGUUGUUAAGGUUGUGAUAUUACACAUAGGAAGUUGGUACUUAAAAGUUGGUUUUGGUUGCACUGAACAGUCCACAUACAUACAUGCUUAUUCACUCAGUAAAGUCUGUUGUAUAAAUGCACUUGACUAAAGAGUGUUUGAUUUAACCGUGUCAUUAAAUGCUACAGCUUUUG